UGUUGCAUGCGUUUCUUCACACACAAAUAACUUAGUUGCACUACAGUCAGUGCUGGGAAAGGGGUACCAAUUGUCCACCUUCCUUACCUGCCUGUUAGUCAUAAUUUUUUAACUCUCUGUUUACAGCAUUUUACACAAGCCAGUAUGGGUACAAAAUGAAGCUACGAAUCUAUUUGAAUGGCAACGAGCAAGCAAAAGGAACUCACAUUUCACUGUACUUCACACUGCAGACUGGGGACUUUGAUUCCCUGCUGAAAUGGCCCUUUGCAGAACCGGUGAGGCUCUCAAUCUUGAGUCAGACUAACAGAGAGGACUCGGCUCUGCACUGCCUCUCUCCCAGCGGGCUUCUACUGUCCUUGCAGAAGCCGAGCGUGAAUGGAAACAUGCCUUACGGACUCCCAAUGUUCGUGUCCCUCACAGAGCUCUAUAGCAGGCUUGCACAGUUUGUGCCUGAAGACACUUUGUUUGUAAAGACAGAGGUUGAGCACAGAAAAGUGUAGAAAUAAAAGGUGCGUUAAACGCAUUGUACUGUAUAAACAUAUCUGGUAAGCUGAAUAAAUACUGCCUAUAUAAACAAAUAGUACUUGUGCUUUAAAGUAGUAGUCAAUACAAUAGUAUAGCAUGGUGUAUAUUAAUAUAAUAUUCCAUAGUACUGUCGUGAAUUUGAGCCAGUGGAUUCUCAAAGCUCUUACUGUACACUGUAGAGUGUUUUUCACUAAGUAUAGAGUCACCCAUUAUAGAUACCAAACCAGAAGAACUGUAACAGCGCUGAUUUAGGGGUAAAAUCUUUGAUGGUCUGCUAGAACAGUGUGUUUAAUGUGAAUCAUAGAACAAUCAUCAAAAGCUAUUUGUUUGCAAUGUGUUUUCUUUAAUAAAAUAAGUGAAGCAACA